AUGUUAUCCACCGAGGAGUGCCGUUGGUGUGAUGGCAUUUUGAAAGAUCUUCUACCCGAUUUGGUGGCACAAGAACAAACAAUCCGAGCUGAGUUUAAUGCCACCAAAUCCUACAAGGCGCGCACCGAUCGACGGCUACACACUAAACUGGGACUGGUGUCAUGUACCCUUCUUUGGGAUAUUCGACAAUUCAUUAUCAUGGCUGCCUCGCCCGAGUUAGAUCCCAGAACUUUCAUGCUUGGGAACGACACCAGAAGUAUUCGGCAGCGGUUUCUCAAUGAUGAUUUGGCUGCCUUGUUCCACCUACCAUCUUUUUCUAAGGAGCCAUUUGGUUUGCUCGAGCAAAGCAUCUUGGGACGCCUACGGGCAAAACAAUCAACUGCGCAGCUCUUCACUAGUGAGACUGAGUCGAAUGUGGAGCGUCUACUAAAGCAGCACAUUGCUGGCCCAAUUGCUCAGAUCUACCAGCUAAACCAAUCCACACUUGCAGACAUGAGACAAAUGAUAACUCGGUGUUGCCCUGAUACCUUUUCAUCUACCAUCUCAGCUGUCACUCCUUCUCCAGUUGCUAGGAGAGAGGAACCGAACAACGAUUUUCCAUCUGAACCAUCACUGACUUUGGCAGACGGUAGGACCCCACGAAAGAGACGGCCGAAGGUUCACCAGCAGCAAGCGAUCUCACAAGAAUACAGGCGACGCGCACACGAGUCCAGUGAUGGCAACAGUCGAGUAGAUCCAGUUCUGCUCAGUGACAAAGGCUGCAAAACAUUUGCCGAUUAUUGGAAGGUUUGGGUAGACAAGUGGCAACAACUGGAGACUGAAACGGAAGGAGCGUGGAGAAGCGACUUGAAUGGCAGUGGAGGUCGAAGGCAGUGGUGGUCACAUCGGAGUCCGAUGUUUCGUCUGAUGCAGCACCUCAUGACUGAAAAGGACAUGUCAGAAGAGCAGGCCGUUGAGGAAGGAACGACAAUAUACAACAGUAUCUCUAGAAAAAAGGGAAGGGACAAGCCAAAUAUCAAGGAUGUCGGUAAGAGAUUCAAGGAAGAACUGGUCAAGCAUGGCAUCAACUUGAGAGGCCGUCCGAAAGGACAAAGAAUCGUCCAAUGA